AUGCUGCUGCUGUUGACGAGGAGAACAUCUGUUCUGAUCCUCGGUGAAACCGCCUGUCCUCUGAAGUUUGAUGCAGCUGGGAUCUAUCCCAGUGAGAGCGUGUUCAUCAUGAGGCUGGUGUGGAAGUCCCUGGACAAGAUGAGGUGUCUGAGGAAACGCUCCACCAUCCCCUUCCUCGGCUUCCUCAUCACCUUCCUCCUCUUCCUCAACCUCUACAUUGAAGAUGGCUACGUGCUGGAAGGAGAUAAGAGGCAGCUCAGGGAAACAUCCGUCCACCCGUCGAGCUCAGAGCGAUACGUGCACACCUUCAGAGACCUGAGCAAUUUCUCUGGAAGCAUUAAUGUCACGUAUCGUUAUCUCGCCGGCACGCCGUUGAACCGCAAGAAGUAUCUCACCAUUGGACUGUCAUCUGUCAAAAGAAAAAGAGGAAACUACCUCCUGGAGACGAUCAAAUCCAUCUUCGAUCAGUCCAGCUACGAGGAGCUGAAAGNAAGAAGAGGGACCAAUGAAAACGUUCCACCGCCAACUGCCACCGCUACCACCACUGCGACCCUCAAGGGGAAAAGAAGCAGUCCAGUGACACAUCCAGCACACCCAGCUGUUCUCCCAGAAGGCCUUGCAGCAUAA